UGAAGUGUUCUAUCUUGCCAUAGCGGACAUCGCAGUUCGUUCUCAUGAUAAACACAAUCAUUUCCGUGUACCAUUCAUAUCGGAACGAUUUUUAACAUCACGGCUCGGUUAAUUAAUCCGACUAUUCUUUGGUGUAUGGGAUUUCUGAACGCUGCAGCAUAAUUGGACAUACGUGAACGGGCUUUUGCAGAGGUAGGACAUACAUCAGGACGCAGGAUCACGUGACUUUGUGGGUUUUCCAAAUUAAACAUACCGUUGAUCAUAAAAUAGCCGGAAAUGGAGAAACGCCCCCUGGUGGCGGCCGUGGACAUCGGGACGUCGUGGAGCAGCUGGGUUAUCUCCUUCCGGUCCGAUGUAUCAAGUGAACAAUGGCAGCUCCCGCCACAUCCGACGAAAAUGCCGACAGCGGUCCUAAUAACUCCCGACGGCAAAAAUGUGGCAGCUUUCGGAUUGGAUGCGGAGGCGGAAUAUUCACGCAUGGCGUCAACGGACGCGCACUGUCAGCACUAUUACUUCCGGUUGUUUAAGUUGGCCCUCUGUGGGACAGCGAGGCUUACGCGGGAAACGCCCCUGAAGGACAUCAGUGGGAAAUCGUUGCCUGCUAUGACAGUAUUUUCGCUUCUUGUCGGAUAUAUCCGACAACAAGUGCUUAGUGCGUCUGGAGGCCGGCUGCAGUCUGCAAAUCUCCGUAUCUCCGACAUACACUGGAUUCUGACGAUACCCGCCAUGUGGAGCGAUGCUUCAAAACAGUUCAUGCGUGAAGCUGCCGAAAUGGCAGGGCUGCCAACGUCCAACCUCUCGUUCGUUUUUGAAGCGGACGCAGCUCUCAUUGGCUUCGGCCAGAUGGCGUCUUCAAACUCCAGCGAUACAAUAGAACCAUCUCUAGCAACGGACUCUAAAUACCUGGUUGUGGAAGCAGGUGGUGGCGUUGUAGAACUCGGCGCCUACCGACUCCUCGAGCACGGGCAGCUUCAGCAGUUGCACGUGGCGUAUGGCGGGAACUGGGGCGGCGCCGCCGUUGAGGCCGCGCUUAAAGAAAUUAUCGCCGAACUCUUCAGCCAGACCGUAUACCAAGACUUCAAAAACCGAUUUCCAGUCGACGACAUAGCGUUUUUAAAGGAGUUUAACAUCAAAAUGCGCGGGGUCAGUCCGUGUAGUAACACGAAGUUUACGCUGCACGUGCCAGAGAAACUGAACAACAUAUACGAGCACUCCGCGAAGAAAAAGCUCCGUAAAUCCAUAAUACAAUCCAAAUAUGCGGACGAAAUAAGUCUUGUGAAUGACCACCUAGAGAUAGACGUUGCGUUGUGUAGGCAUCUGUUCGACGGAACGAUCGACGCCAUUAUUGACCACAUGACUUUAAUGCUUCAAGACCAAGACGUGAAAGGAGCGUCAGCCAUAGUCAUGACAGGGGGACUAUCGCGAUCCCUGAUGCUGCAGACGGCGAUCAAGAACACCUUCCCACAGAUGGAAUUUCUCACUCCCGGAAACGCCGAUGAAGUUGUUUUAAAGGGCGCCGUCGAGUUGGGCCACAGUGCUAGGCUGGUGCAGCAGCGGAAGUGCAGCCGGACAUAUGGUCUGGUGAAAACUGUUCCAUUCGACGAGAAAUCUCACGAUCAAAGUAAACGGAUUGAAUCAAAUGGUAAAACCAUGUGUAAGGACAUAUUUGACGUGUUGGUCGAAGCUGGGCAGACGAUCGACGUAGACGAUUCACGUGUGGAGCGUGUUCUGCCACUCGGUACGACGGAAGUGGCCUUGUAUGCGACCUCGGCGAAGCCAGCCCCGAUGUACGUGACUGACGCGGGAUGUCAGAUUGUUGGAAAAACCCGAGUCGACCCGAAGAAUGUUACGGAACGCACAGCUCCGACUCCCGUGGUGGUGUUGUUUGCAUUCAGUGGAACGGAGGUAGAGGUGUACGUGAAAGAUAAAGACUCUGGCGCGAAAAGACAAUUAAAUUUGAAUUGUCUUAUUUGAGACACGUGGGCUUUGAUUAAGUUGUACAGUUGCGGGCUGCACAGGCUAAUCUGGGACGACACUUUACGCACAUGCAUGAACUAUUUUUUUUAUCGUUAUUGUGUUAGAUUCUGAGUGCCUUACAUAUUGCUUGUUUGUAAAUGAAUGUUCAGUGCGAUUUCAAAUGAAAUAUACGGCCUGCAUAAAGAAUCGCCAGACUCUCAGAAGUAUACAUCAAUUGUUUGUCUCAGUUCAGAAGUACAUAAACACGCGUGUUCCGUUUCUGUUAUAAAGUAUUAAAAGUUUAAUGGG